UCCAAUUGCCUCCCUAUUAUUGCAUGCAACAACUUACGCUAGGGGCAUUUCUGUCAUUUCCAAGGUUCAAACCCAUUUCACCCGACAAUUCUAGACAUUCCAAACCACCGGCAAAAUUCAAAUCUCCAACUCUGCAAGGCUGCAACUUCCUUCCCUCUUUAUUGAGCAACCGGUGAAUGAUCCCCAAUGCUAUAACCAGGUUUCCUCAGUUUCCAGUCUUCAAAACCCUAAAGCAAUGCACCCAAGUGCAUGCCUAUAUGAUCAUAACUGGUCUAAUUCUCAAUCCUCAGAACCCCAAAAAACUGUUACUCUUUCUCACUGAUCCUGAUCAUGGAAAUCUUCAUUAUGCUCGCCUUGUUUUUCGUCGAAUCUCAAACCCCUCGCUCUUUCUUUGGAACACCUUCAUCAAAGGAUGCUAUAAGAACCAUGCCGCAAGAGAAGCCAUUGAUUUAUACAGGGAAAUGCGGCGUUCUAACAUGUCUUUAGACAUGCACACCUUCCAGUUCUUGUUCAAAGCAUGUGCACGAGCUGUUGCAGAGAGAGAGGGAAUGGAAAUCCAUGGUCUAAUGGAUGAUGCCCUUCGAGUGUUUGAUGAGAUGCCUGAUAAAAAUGUCGUUUCAUGGGCGAGUAUGGUUGCUGGGUAUGCUCAGUGUGGUCGGGGUCAAGAGGCAGUGAGGUUUUUCAGUGAGAUGAUUUUGGUGGGUGUCAAGCCAGACUCAGUCUUAUUCGUUUCAGUGCUUUCCGCUUGUGCCCUAUUGGGGAAUUUACGGAUGGGGAAAUUGGUUCAUGGAUUUCUAGAGAGGGAAGGUAUUGAAAUGACUAAUAAUUUAGCUGUUGCUUUGAUAAAUCUAUAUACAAAGUGUGGAGAUUUUGUAGCUUCUCGACAAGCCUUUGAUAGGAUGCCUCAAAAGGUUCUUGCAGCUUGGAAUGUGAUGGUAGAUGGAUACUGUAAAUUUGGUGACAUAAGAUCUGCAAGUUUGCUUUUUGAACAGAUGGCUGAACGAGACAUAUUAUCAUAUAAUUCUAUGAUCAUCGGGUAUAUGCAGAGCAACCAACUUGAUAAAGUUUUCUCACUCUUUGAGGAAAUAAAAGCUUUUGGAUUGAAGCCUGAUAAGUUCACAAUUGCGAGCCUCCUCACUGCCUGUGCAAAUUCUGGUUCCGUACAGAGAGGAAAAUCACUCCAUGCAUACAUAGAAGAGCACUCAAUAGAGAGGGAUAUUUUCCUUGACACCGCACUCUUGGAUAUGUAUGCAAAAUGCGGGAGAAUUGAUCAAGCACUGCAUGUGUUUCAAGGGAUGAGAGAGAAAGAUGUAAUGGCUUGGACUGCAAUGAUCUCAGGUCUUGCAAUGCAUGGCCAUGGCCGUCCUGCCCUUGAUAUUUUCUCAAAGAUGCAGAGCUCAGGGAUCAAGCCAAAUGACAUAACUCUCAUAGGUGUUCUCAGUGCAUGUAGCCAUACUGGUCUUGUCAAAAAGGGGAAGUACCACUUUAACCAAAUGCCUUUUCUCUACAAUCUCACUCCAAAAAUAGAGCACUACGGCUGUAUGGUUGACCUUCUAGGACGAGCAGGCCUCUUCAAAGAGGUAGAAGAGCUCAUAGAAACCAUGCCAAUGAAGCCUAACGGAGUUAUAUGGGGUUCUGUUUUGGGAGCCUGUAGAGUCCAUAACCAUGUCAGUUUAGCUGAAAAGGCAGCAAACCACCUCCUUGUGCUAGAACCAGAGAAAGAUGCAGUCUAUGUUCUCCUAUACAAUAUAUAUGCAAGUGGUGCAAGAUGGGUUGAUGCCAUUAAUGUUAGAAAGAUAAUGGAAGAGAGAGGAGUUCAAAAGAUUGCUGGUUUGAGCUCUAUAACGGUGGAUGGAACUGUUCAUGAAUUUGUUGCAGGUGAUAGGUCUCAUCCUCAAUUUGAAGAGUUAGAGGCUGAGAUGAGAGCAAUGGCUAUUAAAUUGAGGGAAGUCGGUUACGCUCCUAAGGUUUUGCAGGUGGCUCUUGAUAUAGAUGAGGAGGAGAAAGAGGGUGCACUUUUUGGCCACAGUGAGAAGAUGGCUGUGGCCUUUGGGCUCAUUAGGCUGAGCCCUGAUGAGCCCAUUAUUGUGAUGAAGAACUUGAGGGUGUGUGAAGAUUGCCAUUUGGUUAUUAAGCUGGUGGCUGGGAUCUAUGAGAGAGAGAUUAUAGUGAGAGAUAGGACUCGGUUCCAUCACUUUAGAGAUGGAAACUGUUCAUGCAUGGGUUAUUGGUGAACUAUUGCUACUCCAACUAGUUUACUAGAUUAUAGGGCGGUAUUUUAAGAGAGAGAAAGGGGAAAAUAGGAGAAGGAAAAGUUGGGAGUUUUUGUGGGAACAAUGGGAUGUAGUGGAGAUGCGAGAUUUUGAGAAGAGAGAGCAAAGAAUGGAGAAGUGAGUUGGUUUUUCAGCAGAGUGGUGGAAGUGGUUUUGCAGCUGAAGAAAAUGAUUAAGAUAAAAGCACUCCAAAAAAAAAAAAAAGAAAGAAAGAAAAGGAGAAUCAGAAGAAAGGAGUUCAAUGAUUAAUGAGAUGGGUUUGAGCUUAACCUCAA